AUGUUUCCACUAUUUAUCCUUCUGGUUGGGAUACUGUCGUGGACUGUUUCUGCUACGCCAGAAGCCUUUUUCGCCAGUAUCCAAGUCAAAGAUGCUUACACAAAAUCUAACAACUGUACCGAUCUGUCCCAUUGGUUCAUGAUAGAAGCAGAAAUGUUUCUAUCGAAAGGUUCCCACGAUGACUUCUUUUUCACGGUGCCCAAGGACUUCGGGUCCUUCCCACCAACCCCCUUUGAUAUUCAAGACACCGAUGGAAAAGUGAUGGGUCAAGUAUUCCAAAAUAUUAAUUCUAAUAACACUUUUGGAGUUCACAUUUCUGAAAAUUUAUCGUCGAACUCAUCAGCGGUGUUCAAUUUCUUGGCAAAAUUGUCAGCUGGUGCAAAGAGCAUGAUUUCAUCUCCAAAGAAUGUUUCUUACCAUUUCAACACUUCUGGUUUUAACACGUUUGUUUCAACCAUCAAUUACAUUCCAAAGGAUUUAACUACUUUGACCACCAACGGUGGUAGCUUCGCUUCAAACAAAACUGCCUGGUUUACAGCCGAUAUUCCAAUUAAGUUGCUACAGGACCCUAUCAUUUUCUCAUCUGCAAAGAGUGGUAGUAACGACUUUAGCUUUGACACAAAGGCUACAAAGUUCGAGGUUGUCGUCAAAACAGAUCUGUUUGGUAACCCUUUGAAAGUGGUCCCCUUUACAGCUUUCACUGACCACUCCACUGAAUCCAAAAUUCAAAUUGCAAUUGACACGAAAUUCAACGGUGGGAAAUAUGUGCGUAUCACUUACUUAACCAAACCUUUGACCAAAACCCCAAUAUCGAAUUCGGUAUCUUUGCAGAAAACCAACGAUAACAGCUUGAAGAAGAGAAGUGAUAACGCAGAGGUUGCGUCAGUCUACGACUCAGCUGUCGCAAAUGUUUUGGACACAACUCCAAGUGCAGCCAGUGACUCGUUGGUCGAUCCUGCUGAUGCUACUGCAACAAGUGGAGUCCGUCCCCCAUUUGGAUACAGCAACCAUUCUGACGCUACUCUAUCAGCAACUGUAUCUUCUUCGGAAGCAAGCUCCGCCCUUGCAAACAAUGUGGCUUCAUUCUCUGUUCCAUCAUCAGCUGUUUUGUCUUCCUCGUUUUUGAGUAGCGAAAGUCAAAGAGCUGAACCUUCAAUUUCAACAGCUAUCAAAACUUCCUCAGUGUCUCAACCAACAACUUCAAGUUUCGUAUCUACAUUGGUGUCGCACCCAAUAACGGUGAGUCCUGUGUCGUCUGAUUUGACUUCUGCUUCCUAUUCAACUGCUUCUGUUUUGUCUUUGGAAUCCGCAAUUGCCGCUGCUUCGUCUUCCAGUACUGAAGAAACCUUGGUGUCUUCCUUCUCAGCCACUUUGUCUAAACCUUCAAGUUCAAUUACCACGUCUUCAGUGUCGUCAUCAAAUACUUUAAAUGGUCUAGCAACUUUAGAAAUCUCUUCAAACAGUACUACAGCUGUACCAAUGUUGCCAGACAACGCAUAUGAUCCUUAUUUGUUGUCCUUGGCUGCCCAGACAAACGGAACUUUGUCGUCCAUUUCUCUUCCAAGUUCAACCCCAAUGAAUGGUGUACUAUCCGUCGCUAAUACCACGACCACCGCCCCGGUGACUGUCUUGUCUAGUUCCAACAAUUCUUCCUCCCAGACUGUUUCUCGUUCUGCUUCUAUCACUACAGGCACCACUAAGAAUGCUUCAAGUGUCCAUGGUUUGGCCACGCCCACCGUUAGUGGUCACACGAACGAAACAGCCUCAAGUUAUGAACUUAUCACAACAACAGAGUCAGGGGUGCUUACAACAUUUGGUUCCUGGGUUGCUAUUGCAACACUGUCACAUUCAAACCUAACUAUCUCUGCUUCAAAGCCUACAAAUGGUGCUGCUGCAAAUGAAAUGGUAAGAUCGACUGUAUCCACAGUUUCUAGUCAUAGUCAUAAAAACGCUACUACAGAAACAUCAUCAAAAUUUUUGAUCUCUCUCCCUCAUCCAACCACUACGAAGCCUAAUGGAAAACAAAACAAAACUGUGAUUGAUGUCUCAUCCACGGGACUUUCAAAGCAGAUUUUUGCUAUGACUCAGGGGGAGAUAGAUCUCUUUGCUACUGACCUUGUUCCAGUCGCUACCCUAAAAAAGAUUACUACUGGUAAGAUCUAUUCAACAGAGACUAUUGAAAGUGUUAACACUGCCAGUAUCAACGCCCAAUUGAGAGUCUCUACGGACUUGUUCCCAGUUUCAACGUUGAAGAACGGUACCGUCGUUACACUGGUCUCUACUCAUGUAACAAAAAAUGUUAACUGUUCCACUGCUAGCCCAAUAAAAUCAGGUUUCACCGAAGUUGUUCCAGUGUCUACAUUAAAAACUGUGGUAACAUCAUGCUCCACUGACGUGUCUACACAAGUAUCUGCCUCGACUAAAGAUAAGGUUGUCUCAAACACAAAGGAGCUAGUUCCAGUGUCAACUUUGAAAGGCAAAACUGUCACAGUUAGUUGCUCUACCUCAGAAAGAAAUACAAAGACACUGAGCAAAGAAAAAAAGUCGGUCGCAGUCACAGUUCCCCACAAAGAGUCUAAGACUACCUCAACGCUUUCCCCGCACCUAACAAAAACGAAACCAGAAGCGGAAAAAAACACGAACACUGCGGUGACACCUACCACGACUUUAGGCAUAAAAAGCAAAACCGUUGGUGCUGAACCCAAAGUCAAAACAUUAUGUCCUACAUGUUCGACAAAGUCAACCACUUCCACUACAAGUCAAAACAAUCUGGCCAAAACCACUCCACAAAUGGUAUCUGUCUCUUCCUCUCAACUUGUUAAUGGUCAUAAGAGCACAGGCGCACAAAGCACAUCUGGUUUGGUAUCUUCUGCUACUCAUACAGCCCCAAUUGUUGCUACCUAUGAAGCAAAAGCCCACCAUUUGAAAUCAGGUCUCACAGCAGUACUAGCAGUGAUGUUAGGUUUGGCAUUUUGA